AUCUGGGUUCAGAAGAAUGGCUCUUUCUCUGGUAAAUGUUGCCCUAGCUUAACAAGGGAUUUUAUUACACCAUGCAGUUGACAUUGGCAGCAGUGUCACGUCUGGCAGUGGAAACUCCUCAAAUGUUGAGGUCACAGGAGAUCAAUCAGUUUCCCAGAAGCCUUUAAUUUGUGUUUAACAGUUGAAUGUUCACAUUAUGUUUUUGUUAAUCAAGAUAUAAAACAUAUACUCUCCAACUUUUUCCUAUCACAAAAUUGUUUAGGUACUUUAAAGGGGAGAAGCCCUUUAUAGGCGCUUAAAAGAAUCUUGGAUUUGUAGAUAUUUUGUUUUUUAAUUUUUUAAAUCGAGCUCCACCAAAUUACCCAACAAUCACUGCUCCAUUUACCCCUUUCUUUCACACUAUUCCUCUCAGGAUCCAUCCCCCAUCCCUCUCUGUUUUCACCCCCCUCCCUUGUAAGGAUGUGGCUGCCAUGGCAACUGCUGAAUCAUCCUCCACCGCAUGCAGCCAUCCUCUCACGCAGCAAGGCUCUCCAUCCUCGUGGCCGGCAUUAGCAUAUUGAUCUGAUGCUCCAAUUUGCUAGAGUAGCUGCAAGGCUCAUUGCCAUAUAGUCUCACAGGACACGGAGGAGCAGCGGGCUGAACAGCAGCCUUUCGGAUGGGUAACGUACCCACUUCGGUGAAGCACUGCUUGAGCUAUGAACAACUUGUCCAGGACUACCCAUGGCUAAGACGCUGGCUGCUGGAGGAAAAGGUGGGCGUUGUUUUCUUGUUUCUAAUCUGCUGCACGUGCUCUGCCACAUGACUCUCUCAUGACAGAGAGGCUGAGGAGCUACAGCCAGCCGCUGAUGACAGUGUAGAUGCUUUAUACAGCUUAUAUAAUGGUUCCUUCUCUAUUGAAAUGUAGCUCUAUUCAAAUAUGACUGCGGUUAAUAGUAUGAAAAGGAUUCCCUCUCUGACUGUGUUCUGACAAAAGCUCAAUCUGAGAUGCCACUGUUUCUACUAUUAUGUAACCUCCUUUACUACCACUGCAAGAUUAUAUCAUAAAAAUCUGACCAAAAUAACAUUUUAAGCCUUCUAUUUUGUCACAAGCUGUUGCUUUUUAAGUGUUUUCAAUCAAUUAUUACUUAAAUUUAAAUUAAAUCAAAUCAGUUAAGCAGUACCUCACAACUACAAUGUUGAGCAUUGUUUUGGUUUUACGGCAUGAUGUAUAAUCAAGUUUGAGUUGUUCCCCUAGGCAUCAGUGGGCUGUCUUUACACAUUUUGUUAGCAACACCACAGAUUUUUUAAGUGAAAUGUUAAAAAAUUAUACAUGUUAAAACUAAAAUGUCAAACUUACUCAAAAGAUUAUUGUUAGAAGUAGUGAAGUCUCUGUAUCAAUGGAAGUUUCAGUUUAAAGAUUCAAGUGUUGUAUUUGGUGGAUGAUUUAACCUAGAGUUAUGUCUCCCACAAAAAAUGCUCAAGGUUGAUAAAAGCAAUACUAGGAAUUGCAAAUUAAAUAGUUCCUCCUGAUAGUAAAGAAGCCAACAGGUAGCAUAAAUAUUACAUCUCCAGUAAAAAGUAUAGAUAACUCAACAUAUUAAUCAAGUACAAAGGCCUGUUAAUCGUAGAACCUGGUACCUUCAACCACUACUAUAGAUUUAUACGCCUACCAAUUGCUUAUGAAAAAGCCCUAACUUCAACAUUUUAACCCUGAAGCACACAAGUAUUUAAGAAAAUAUGUAGUAAAUAAAUAUUAAAGAAGUUAAGGCAUCUUAUCAUUAAUGCAUUACUUGUGCAGCAGGUUGCAUUCAAGUGGUGAAUUUGAAAAAGGACUCAUUAGAUACACUUUGGAGUGCUUUUGGGGGGAGAGGAAUACAUAACAUUGGAGAAACAAUAUGUGAAUAGAAAUGUAAUAUUUAGACGUAGUAGUACGCUAGAAGUUUGCAGCAACAUAAAUUGAGCAGCUCAAGAAAAAAAAGCUAACAAUCGCUCAUUCCUGAGUUAAACGCAGUCAAUUAAGUUACCUUCCACCACUGUUUGGCUAACCAUUACUGUAGCUCGUUUCACUAACCGUACGACUUAAGUGACGGUUGCUUGCUAAUGUAGCCCUUUAGAGAAGCUCGACAACACAGAUAGUUUUCAUGAAAAAGAAAAGGGAAAUGUUACACUGUCUGUACCUACGUUUGUCAGGUAGGUCGAGAGUAGCCAUCUGAGUCAGUACGGUGCGGCUUCCCGUCGGUGUUCGCGGACAUUUCUGCUUCGUCACAGGUUAGCCGUGAGCCGCGACAUUAGCCAUUAGCCGUCACAUUUUAAGCUGUGGUCUGAGCCGCCAUGUUUGUUAACGGCUCUCUAAAACGGCUUAGAAAAAAAUAGUUUCCGGUCAGUUUGAAAACGAGUCCCUCUGUCUCACUGUGAAGGUGAUUUAUUAAAUGAUAAUUAGAUUAAAAUGUGAAAAAUUAAAUAUUUUAAGAUUAAAUAUUGUACCUACAGCUCCAGGCUGUUCAAAUCAACAUUUAAUGCCUUUGAUUUAAGAUUUUUAACUUGACCAGGAAAUACCCAGGUCCUUGAAUAUCUGUUGUGGUUUGUGUGGAGUUACCCCAACGUACUUCAGGUUUUUCAAAGACAUAUUUCUGAGUUUUGCUUCCUGAUGGUAUGUGACAGGCUUAUAUUUUGGUUCUCAUGUUUCUUUUUGCUUUGAGGCAGACAGUUUAUCUUAGAAAUAACAAGUCUAUAUUCAAAGGAAUGACUAAGAGUUUGUUUUGUGUCCUGUUGAGUGAUAUUCCUCUUCAUACUUUUUCCCCUUUCUCUUGUUUUUUUUUUUUUUUCAGACUAUUACAGGACAUGAGUACCCAGAGUUUGUUAAAAUAGUGGAAGUUGGGCCAAGAGACGGACUUCAAAAUGAAAAGGUAUUUAUAGUCAUUUUAGUCACAAAUCUCAUUUGUAUUCGGGACCUCCCUUGCUUUGUAUAACUAAACACUAUCAACCCUGGAAACCCCCUUUUUCCAGUAUCUUUUAUACAAAAUAUAAUCCACAACAUAUGGGUUGAGUGCCAUAAUUGCCAGGGGCAUAUGUUUCACAUUUUCUUUGAAAUUGAAUAGGAAAGAUGACAUGGCUCCUGGCUUAGUUUACUCUGCUUAGCAUGUCACUGCUUUAUCAGUUCCUUAUUGCACGCCUGUGGCUUUACAGAUUGCACGAGAUGCACAGAUAAUUUUAGUCACUGCAAUGUGUUAUUAUGAAAAACACUGUAUAAUUUUAGAGAUUUCUAUAAAAACUUCAACAAGAUUCUGCAUAUGAAUGUGUAUUGGUGUGUUUUAAAGGCUUUAUGGAAAAAAAGAAAAAGAAACUGCAAGAUAUUUUUCUUGUUGUACCCCCCACCUUGUGUGGAAUCAAUCCAGAGAUCCAGAGAGAGCUGUUUCAGUUUCAUUGUUCCCUAGGAAUUUGUUCCGACAGGGGUGAAAAUCCAGCUGAUAGACAUGCUCUCUGGAACAGGCCUGCCUGUGAUCGAGGCCACAAGCUUUGUGUCUUCAAAGUGGGUACCACAGGUAAUAACUCUUCUUUGUGACCAGCAGCAAAGUGCUGAGUGAUUUAUUAGACUCCCUUUUUUGUCUGAAUAAGUACUGAUGAAUAUGUGCUCCUCUAGCAUCCUUGGCGGGCUUACAUAUGGAAAGAAUACUUUAACAUACUCAAGCCAUCCUCUUUUACCUGUCAUAAAUUGUACCUUGAUUUGUGCCCUGUCAAAGAGAAAAGAUGUCAUUUGUUAGUUUGGACUAGAAAUAUGAUAUGUACAUGUAAUUCUGCGUUUUCUUGUGGCAUGUGAAAACAUUUGUGCAGGUAAUGUAUUCCUGGGAACAUGAUGUUUAAAAGGUUUAUUUUUCUACAUCAUAUGUUUCCCCCCUUUUAUUUAGAUGGCUGACCACAGUGAUGUGCUGAAAGGCAUCCAGAGAGUUCCUCAUGUUCAGUACCCGGUUCUGACGCCUAACAUGCAAGGCUUUCAGGAUGCUGUAAGCAUACAUUUUCAAUUAAGUACAAUGUUUUCUGCUAUAUACCCAUAACAGUUUACCCCAUGCUAGUCAAUUGGAAUUAAUUCAUGGCACAGCAAACCCUUCUUGGCAGAUAAUUCUGGCACUUGCGUAAGUGUGACUCCAACACAGUGCUCAAAACAGUUUUACAAGUUUGUUUUUCUCUCCUGUUUUAAGGUUGCAGCUGGUGCUACUGAGGUGGCAGUGUUUGGGUCAGCGUCUGAGACCUUCAGUAAAAAAAAUAUUAACUGCUCUAUUGAUGAAAGCAUGCUGAGGUUUCAGGAAGUCAUUAACACUGCCAAAGUGCACCGAAUUCCAGUCCGUGGGUUAGUACUCUUGAACCUAAUUGUCACUUACAAUGAGUGGAAACAUAUAAAGCAUUAUACUCACUCUGAUUUUAACAAUGAUAAUGUCAAAAUUUAAACUGUUGAAGGUACUGCGGUUUCUAUAUGUAGGAGAAAAAAAACACUAUUCAGUAAUGAUACCUUUACAGAAAACUUCCAGAUGUUCAUCAGGUUAUAUCUAUGCAUCAGUAAACCACAAGUCCAGAUGGACAUUAAAUAAACCACACAGGGAAAAUCACUGAAUAUGGCUGUGCCUUUGUCAGACACGGAAAGGCAAACCACUAUGAGUAAUUGAACGUUUCUCUGACUCAGUGAGUCCCACUCCAAAAAAGAUAAACACUAGAUCAGCUGUUGAUGACUACAAGAGUAUACACUCUCUUGAACUAAACAAUGAAGUCUAAUCAACAAUUGAAUCUGUGCCUCUUGCAAAUCCUGUUGUAUGCCUUUGAGAUAUCUCACUAAUGAACAGCCAACAAAAUAGAGGGCAAUCUGACAACAAUAACACAGCUGGUGGCACAUUUCCCUAUUCGAUUAGCUGAUUCUUACUUCCGUGUAUAAUUCUCAUAUCAGGAUAUCAGCUUACAUGGAUUUUCUAUUUUACUAUUAUAAUGUACUAUUUCUUUACACUGAAAAUAGUCUCCAAAAUUGUCUUGUACAGACACUUAAGCUCUCCAAUACUCCAUUCACAGAUAUGUCUCAUGUGCUCUUGGGUGCCCACAUGAGGGAUACGUUGAACCCUCCAAAGUUGCACAGGUGAGAAAUCCUUGGAUAUUUUAUUACAUUUUGAUAGUCAUUGAGGAUGCAAAAUUGUUGUACUUUAACUCCAGCAGCAUGUGUAAUUAUUCUGGGAUGGGGUGAUAUCUUUUUAUUUCCUACAGCAUGUAUAAUUCUGACUUGGAAGCAAACCCUGUGCAUAACUAUGAGUAAGCCAAGAACAUCUUUGCCUAGUUUAUUUUCAGUACAAUAUCAUGUGACUCACAAGGCCAAACUGGGUUGUGUUUAGUUUCCACUGCUGAGCAGUCCUUCAUUUUUAAGCCAAAAAAAUGAGUAUUAAUCUUGACAAAUGAAUUCCUACAGAGUUGUCAAAUGUUCCCUUUUCUUUAGGUGGCCAAGAAGUUAUAUGACAUGGGCUGUUAUGAGAUUUCUCUGGGGGAUACGAUAGGUGUCGGUACUCCAGGCUCCAUGUUUAAGAUGCUGCAGAGCGUGAUGAAGGAGGUGCCCGUCAGUGCUCUGGCAGUCCACUGCCAUGACACCUACGGGCAAGCGCUGGCCAACAUCCUUGUGGCUCUUCAGGUAAGUAUUCAAGGUUAUUCCAUCAUAACCAUUAUUAUAAUGCAAAGUAUUGGCAGCAAUAGCAGGGGAGGUUUGCUUUUAUAGAGUGCUGUAGAGGUACGGGUUUGUUGAUGAUAGUUAUCACCGAAGUCUGAUAAAGUGAAUUUCUUAAAUGUUUGACUUUGUUAGUAAUGAAAAAGGAGAAAGACUGAUUUGGAUAACUUAACAUUAGCUUUGUCACAGUGACAUAAAUGGGGAGACUGAUGCGUAAAGUUAAAACAGCUGGAAAGUAGGCAGGUCCACAGCAGCAAGACAUCUGCAGCAGCUAUCUAGAGGAAUCUAUGGCAUGAGGAGCUCAGGGACUCCCAGAAAAGACUGUGAUUAAUGAUUUAAUGGUCAUGAAGAUUCAAAGUUAAUGACACAGACAGAUUGAACACAGUCAACUUACUGUUCUGGGCAACACUGCCUGCUUUGCCAUGAUGCUCUGUUUCAUGUGCUGCAGAUUGUGUUAAGAUCAUUGUUAACUAAUAAUAAGACAGAAAAGCCUAGCAAUAACAUCUCAAUCACCCCAAACAUUGAAUAAAUGCCAAUGCAGAUACUUCAGCAACCAAAAUCAUCCUGUCAACAAAAGGCCAAAUGUAGAUUUCUAAAUCUAGCUAUUUUUCUGAAAGAAGUUGUUGUAAAAGUCCACAAGUGCUGCCUGACUCUGAAUGAGGAACCCUUAAGGCUUCUGUUUCAUCUCAAACUCCUAAAAACUUUGGGGUCUCAAAAGGAAUGGGAACUGCUCCAAGAUUGCUGUAAAAUUUGGGCCGAGAGAGGCAUGAAUUUUGAACAAAAGAAGGUGCUGAGAACCCCUAAAAUAUGGCAGACAUCAAGUAAUUAUGUCUGAACAUAGAGCAAACUCAGGGGUCACCCAGAAAGGGAGAAGUACUGAACAAUGUCAUGUCUGUCAGAAGAAAAGGGAGAUGUGAGUUCUGAUUAAUCUGGGAGGAAAGGCAUGACAUACAUUAAGGGAAAAAAAGAGGCUGAUUUUUUAAAGGUGUUGAAAUUGCCAGUGCUUUCUCUGACAGAGGUCUGUAAAAAUAAUGGCAUUCUGUUAGAAAAGGAGGUCCAUUCAGGAGUUGGAAGUGUAGAUUCUCCUCUGCACAACCACAAAGCAGCGAUGCAUCAUCCGUUUGAUCCACCGCCAACGUUAAAUUGUUCGACAGCUUUCCUUUCUGCUCUCUCUUGGCAAGGGCUCUUUGGGCACCUUCCCUCUCUCAUGCACAUCUUUCUCCUCAUGACGAAAAUGAACACUGUUGUGGAGAACCACAGGCUGAUUAUGGAUAAAUGCCCAGCCUUUGCAUAAAUCAAUGUUGUUACUCGUGACAACAUAAAGAGGCGCAACCAGAUGUGGAAGUAAAGUUGAGGUGGAGAUUCUUGUUCCAGGAUAUCUUUCAGCAUCCUCUCGUAUUUGCCAACUCUACAGAGAUCACAAGUGUUCUCUAAAGGCUUUAAAUCAUCAUUUCUGCUGGGGAUAAUCAUAUGCUUAGCUGCUCCUCAUCCAUCUUUUAAGACCAUUUUUCAAGGCAUACGCUAAAGUUCAUUCAAAAAACUGCAUAUUUCCUUGAUUAUUACAGACAGAAAAGGAUUGGUAGAGUUUAUUUUCCACAGAAAUCAGACAGGAGAGUGUUAAAAUCUAAUCAAAAAUACAAUUGGGGCUGAUUGCAUUUAGUUUGGCCAGAGGUUAAUAUCCUAUCAAGUUUAUGUAUUCGAUGGAGUACAAGAUAAUAACCACAUGUGGAUCACACAGAGGAUCUAGAAACACCAGGGAACUCAUGUUUGGUUUUACUCUGGCAGAUGUGCUCAGUCCACUUUGGUUUUAGACAGAUUUCCAUCAGACCUGAUUCAUGUCUUCACAAUCACUACCAUUCACAAUGUGGGACAUGCUCUGUUUAAUGAUGCUUACAGAGGUUGCAAAGAUAGCAAAUCUGGCUACUUUUAAUCACGUGCCUUUUUUUGUCCCUGUCAGCACACCAGAGUAAAGCCUAGCAUACAGGUGCAGCUUACAGGUGCAGAUUGUUGUCAGGAGGCAACCUUAGACCAGUGGCUCAGAUCUAAGGGACGCCCUCAGGUUGUUGUAUUAUGACCAAUGAUGUCUUUGCUGGCACAAGAACAGUAAUUUUAUGCACAAAAGGAACCAAACUGAAACCCCUGAAAAGUGUCAAUGCUAUCUAGGGCUGAAACGAUUACUCGAGUAAUUCGAGUAACUCGAUUAAUAAAAUUCCUCGAGGCAAAUUAUAUGCCUCGAGGAAUCGUUUAAAUCCGGAACCAUGUGCAGCGCACGGUGUUUGACACGGACGGUUAUUUCUGUUGCGCAGAAGCGUGCUCUUUCCGCUCCUUCCGCUGCCGCGCGUUUGGUUCAAUCAUGGAGGGAAACGAGGACAGACAGAAGCUGUGUCCGAAAUGGCAUACUGCCUGCUAUCUACUUACCUACUCAAGCAGUAGCUACUGCCUACUGACUACUCAAAGAUGAUUUGAGUAUGCCGCGGCUGCCCGAGCGUUUACACACAUACAUACUAAAUACCCCAGAAUGCAUUUCGUGCCGGCCGGACGCAGCGCCGGGAAAAUUUAAAUAGUCCUACCACAAGCUACAUAGAACGACUGCAUACCGGACAAAUUAUAUAAAUUCAUUCAAUAAUAAUAUUUUUUCUAGCGAGAAAGUAAGUGUUUACAUCACGAUUAUGAGCCCAGUUGUUUGAAAUAGUGGCUGUUUGUAAAUUUGUCUCGGCGUUUUCGGAGACCGAAGCGUCCACUUGGUCGGUGUUUGCGUCUAUUUACCGUAAACACCGGGCAGCAGCAGCUCCCCCUUCACGUUUCCAAAUUAUUGCGAAGUGUUUUCAUAAUCAACAUCUACACGACACAAACCGGGCGGCAGUGGAUGAAAAAAAUCACACAAACAUCCGUGUAUCCAUGGUGAUAAUGCUAUACACCACCUGCUGGCCGUGUGAUGAGCAGCAGAGGGCUGCAAAAUGACCAACACACAACAACAUGUAAAUAAAAAUGUAACACUUUUAUAUAUUGAAUAAAUGUACAUUUGCUUGUCAAAUUAUGUUAGUAUCCAAGAAUUAUAUUAUUUCAGCCUAUUAAUUAAACAAGUAAAAUUAGAUCCAAAGCCUGGAAAUAGUUGUGACUGGUUUAGUGAAAACUGCAAAGAUCAUUACUAUAGCAAUUAAAAGACCAUCUGCAGACCUUGCCUUCAGUAGUUUCAUGUGAACUACAUGGUAAAAUGUAAAACUUUUGGUUCCUGAUUUAUGCAGUAAAAAUAUUCAUUUGAAAGACCUGGCCUAUUUCAGUUUUGUGUGUUACUGAUGGUUUUUAAUGAGGCAAACGUGAUUCAAUGCAAAGUAUUACAGUGAGAGCAAAACAUUUCUUAUCCGAUUACUCGAUUAAUCGACAGAUUAAUCGAUAGAGUACUCGAUUACUAAAAUAAUCGAUAGCUGCAGCCCUAAUGCUAUCCAAGUCACAGGAUGACUGUAAUAUCUGUUUAAUUGCACACCAUAAUGACACGAACUGGACACUCCGGCAUGUUUCUUGUUGUCCAACAGUAUACUGUACAAAGAAUAAAAACAAACACAGAAUAAGCACUUUGAAGCUGUCUCCAAGUUUAAAAUGAUCAAAGAUGCACCAUUGAAUCUGCAAUCAGGGAGGUCAAGAAAGAAUCAUCUUUACAUUAAUCUUGGCUAAGUCUCAGAACUCAUCCAUGAUAUUGUCUGUCAUUGUUUGACAACAAGAGGGACGGAUGCCAGUUCAUUAAUAAGUUUCAGCCAAGAUGUCUCUUUCCCUACUGUAUUUAAAUCUACACUGUAAAUACUUGUCAAUUACAUCCAGGAUAGCCCCUGUCCAUCUAUUUCAAGUACCAGUAGGUCUAAAUUCGAACAUGAUCUGUCAGUAUUACUUGGACCACAAACAUGUUAAAGAACCAAAACUCUUCCCAUGCUUAAAGUCUAAGCCCCCAAGUACAGAUUUCACAUAUAUUUUAUGUUUUAUCUGUGAGUAGAGAUUAAUCCUGCUGAACAGUUGAAUUAAAAACAGAUUCCUUCUCAGGGUAAGUUGGUCUGACCAACUUAACUUCUAAACAAAAUCCUUAAUUAACAUGUAUUUUUUUAUUACAUACAUACAUAGCUUUUUAUUAGACUCUCUAAUAACCUGUAUGUGCCCUUAGCUGCAAUAACUUUGCAUCACUUUUGGACAUCAUGAAUGUAUCCUCUGUUAGGUGAGCAUUGGGAACGCACAAAACAAAUGUGUAGGUUACAAUGAGACACACAGAAAACCAGGAACCAUCAGUCAACGAGGAAGAGGGGCAUUAAGAAACAUGAUCUAAGCCUCCCCACAAAGCAAGAUGAUUCACAAACUGCCCGCUGAAAAAAAAUCCCAGAAUCUUAAUGAACAUAAGAUAUUUCCAGUGGGGCCUUCCAUCACAGUGCCCAUGUAUUGUUUGGGAGAAGAAAAAAAAUGUCAUAGACGAUUACAGGAAUACGCUCUGUUUCUAAACAGCUCACAAAAAUGUAAUUAGGUAGUAAACCCCUGUGGAAGAGCUUUCCUGUAGGUGCUUUUCACUGCUUUGCCCACAGCGAGUGUUAAACUGACAUAAAUCCAGACAUAAAACAGAGGUAACACAGAUAUGGCUGUAUCAGUUCUCCAGAGCACAUUGUCAUGGCAGAAGAGGAAGCUCAUUGGGGGCUGGGCGGGUCAGCAGAUGUGAGGGGGGUCAGCACAAAGACUCACCUAUUCAGUGUCUGUUUGACAAAGCAACUGAGAGCUAGGUGGAUCGAAAGGGCCCUGGGGGGCUCCUAACUCAUCUAUCGCUUGGCUGUUGAACUCUCUGACAAUGCUGCGCUUAAAGGCCGGUGGAAAACGAUCUUUCAUUUGCUCGCUGUUCAGCAUGUGAUGAAUGGCGCUGCAGCUGCAAACACGACACUGGAAACUUUAGAAGUGCUGGUGGGCAGAAGAUGAAUAUAUUUUACAGUAGUUUGGUUGUAUAACUCCAUAUUUACUGAAGCAUUCUCAUUCAUUUUUACUACCUCUCAAUAAUAAUUACUGCAUUUUUUAAGACCUGGAAACUUUAGGCUAACAGAGGGUUGGGCAUAGCACCUGUAAUAAUACUUCAAAUUCAGUCCAUAAGUAACAACUCAUGUGUCGUAUCUCAAAGUGUCAAAAAGUGGGUCCGAUAUGUUUACUGACUGCAUGUGAAUGCUGGCUCAUCUGGCAUUUAUUAAUCAAACAUUAAGUACAAAUGAAACUUCUGCUGCUGGAAAAAUAGAAACUUGAAGGUUCAUAGUUUUAAAACUCCAGAUUGCAGAUGCUUUACUGCAAUGAAAGUUUGAAGGAAUUGAUGGAAUGAGUCAUUUUUUAAACUUUCCGGAUGUUUUACUGCUUCAAAACAUCCUUCAAAGUUCAACUCUUUAAGGACACAAUCAUAGAUGAAGCAUUCAUUCAGAAGCAGUUAUGUUUUCUAUUAAACCAAUAUGCCUUUCUCGUGGUUACAAUUACACUCAAAUAACUGCUUUGCUAUACAACUGCUAUACAAUAUCAAACGUGAAUUAUCAAAAGAAAAUCUCAUUAUAGCUGAAAAACUGAAUCAAUACUUGGAAGCUUAAAGUUUUCUAUGUCGAGGGAGUAGAUAGAAGUCAUUCAGAAAGAAAGGGCAAAAACUAAUGAGCUAUGGCUGCAGAAUACACUUUGAUUGCACUGAAGAAAAUCCAUAAUGAUACCUGUAAGGACACAAAAACACACAAAAAGCAUCUAUUUUGGAGAAAAUUCUGUUGUUUUUUUGUAGAGCUGAAUAUCUUUUUAAUGAUGAUCAAUAGAGCUAUUCAUCUGAUACCGAGGUGUAUGUUGCUCAAAGAAGCUCAUUACGGCAAAUUAAAAAAAAAUCCCUAACAGUAAAGUGAAUAAUAAAGAUUAAAUACUUGAAAAUAGUUUUGUAUUUGAGAUUUCUGUAUACCACCCAUCUAACUGAAAAAAUGUUGGGUACACAAAGUGUUGAGGUCUUGUCUCACCUCACCCUGUCAGGUUUCUGUUUUGCAUAACAACCCACUCACUAUACCCAAUGCUGCUUAUUACCUGACAUCCAAGUCAAGAUACAAACAAGCUGACACCAAGUAUUAAUAGUAUUUUACACAAUUAGGUAAUUAGUUAGACAGUCCUACAAUUAAAGAAUGACUGAUGAGCCGUCUUUUUUUAGUGGCUUACAGUUUUUGAACAAAUAUGAAAUACACUAGAACACUCUGGCAUAAGUCAUGUCACUAAGUCAUGGUCAUGGUUAAUUCUGUUAGACAGAGCACAACAAACAUGAGUUUGGAGAACACUGUGUUUCUUAUUACCCAAAUUUUUAUGCUGGUUUACUACGCUGCUGUUCAGUUGUUACACUAGAACUUUGUGCCAACAAAGCUGCACUGAAUUUUUUUAUUUUAAUUCAAAUUCAAUCUUAAAUACACUAAAGCAGUAAUACAGCAGAGUUAAUAGCGUUAAAGCUUGAUAUGAGAUAUCUUGCCAUUUGGAGAACAUGCGAAAAGCAGAUGAACUGUCUUGUUUGAAUAUUUUGGAGUUCAAAUAAAUAACUCUUUUUUUGUUGUAAACUCUGUAAGGAUGCAAACACUAGGUUUGUUUACUUGACGCUUUUUAACAGAUUAUCCACAGCACUUAUCAAGUGUGUCACUGGAACAUUGUCCUGAAAUAAAGAACAACUACUUUCAUGCGUAAAAUCAAAAAUAUUUUGAUGCUAGCUUAGAUUUUGGAGUGAAAAAGCACAGGGAGACAGUGAAAUUCCUCCGUGGAUCAUAUUUACUAUGAUUCAUCGCAGCUGCCCCCGUGGCCACAGAGAAUAAAAGCAGACGGGAAUAUUUACCCUACCAUUUGCUCACCCAUAAACAAGAUGGGAAUGCAAGAUUUUAUCAUAGCUUUUCAUUACUGUGUGCCAGAAGUCCACACCACCAACUGGGAGAGAAAUGAAUUCCCCCAGUGCUGUCAGCCCUGAGUCACCUCUUUUGUUCCUGAUAAAGACAUUCCUCAGUCUUUGUACCUUUCCUUUUUUUUCCAGGAGGUCUGGGGGAGCUUUGUUACAGACCUUCUCCUGGCAGGUCACACAAUGACAACGUAUGUACUUAGAUUUCACAGACUUGGCAAGGGAAAUUAUUUACUCUUACCCGCAAUUUUGGUGUAUUGUGUACCGCUGCAGCUGGGGAAUACAGAAUAACCUGUUUGUGCUCACAGUCAGGCUCUCCGGUAACAACAACAUCCAUCUUCAGGACUUUGUUUUGUCUCUGUCCACGCGGCUCUGUUGAAUCAUGACGGCUGUGGAGGGUUAUUAAGUUUGUUGCACUAACAAAGAUUUAUUGGAAGUGUGUUGAUAGCUUCAAUGUAACUUCAGAUUCUGAUUUUAUGUAUUUUAUUAGCUUAGCAAAAGCAGAUGUUUUUUUUUCUCUUCUUUUGUUGUAACUUAGGUUUAUUGUUUUUGAUCAUAAUACUCAUAAUAAUAACUUUGAUUUGCAACUGUGCAGUGAGUUCUUUCAUUUUGGAUCCAUGUCUCAGAUUUUAAGUCCCCUCUUCCCCUGUAGGAGGUUGUGUUUGCAUCCAGCACAUUCUGGAGUUAGAAUUUCUCAUGCUGUCAACAAUGUUUUCAGGAUAUUCACUUCAUACCCACAUAGGGGAUCCCAAAACACAUAUCUACUCAAGGCAAGUCAACAGUUGAGAUUUCUUUAAUCCUACCUCUAAUUCCGUCCCAGAAAAUGUCUGCGUGAUCACCAAUCAACCUCUCGAGCGCAAAGAUGAUGAGGCUGCAGCAAAUCGAGACACAACUUGACAUUUUCUCGAAUGUCAAACUUUCACUUUCCAAUCAAACUCCUGUCAUAUUAUUUAUCACAUAUGUUUUUGCUCCCUUUAAUUACCCUCCAUCACCACAUUAGCUUCCAACCCCCAUUUUUCUUCAAGAUUUUUUCCCCAUCAUACGAGCUAAGUGCUAUUCCGUGUUUCUCAAAGGUCUUCUCAAGAUUUCCCACGCGUUAUGAUUCAUGAUAAAAUGUCUUAUUUGAAAUUAUCUUAAGUGGAUCUUUUGGGGACAGCUCAUAGAGUUUCUGUAACUCUGCAGAAGGUUUCAAAUAGAAGUGGCAAAGCACAGAUCUGCCCACUUGUCAAAGCCUUUAUCACCUUGAGAUCAAUAAACAUAAGAUAUUACUGAGACGGUAGUAAAACUUGAGUGUUAAAAUGCUGCUUUUAUUAGAGAAAAGGGCAAGAAAAUGCAACUUAAGACUACCUAGAUGGAGUCAUAUUGCGAUUAUUUACAAACUAUUGAUAUACAAGUUCUUACUUUUUAACAUAAUCAUAAAUAGUGUGCCGAGUAUUGUCAUUAAUCAGAGAUUUAACAUACUGCACAGUCAUACAUUUGAAGCGUGUUGGAAUUAGUCAAGUCUUCGCACCAUAUUUUGUUGUUCUGUCUCAUUCAACUUCACUUCUUUUUAAAAGUUUCACAACUAUCCACUCGACUUUUACUUUCUUUUUUAUUCUAGUUCAAGGACUUGACGUAUCACAAGCCAAGCGAACAAAGAAGUUAAAUUACAGGAAAAACGGAGGAGACAUUGUACAAGCCUUUAGAGAGCAGACAUAAUAGAGCAUAAAUGGUUCUAUCCUCAAAGUCUGGCCAAAAGUAAACACCACAAAGAACAAAACUAAAAUCACUUUUCAUGGGAUGUCUGCAUUUUUCACACAAAGACACAAUAAUUUGAAAAAUGGAGCAGGAUGGCGCCCUUAAAAAAGAAAAUUAACUAACCCUAAUAUUUGGUCAGCAGUCAUAUGAGCAGGUGCAGAACUCACUGUCCUGUUUUCAGCGGCAUGUUCAAGUACUUUUAAAACUCAAAUCAUGUAUUUUUCAACUUUUGAGGGACAGAAAGUAAUUUUAAUUUAACUGCUGCUUGUACCUGAACAUAAAGACAUAAAAUAAUCCUUGUUUUCUACUUUAAUUACACUCAAUGAUACAUGUAGAAGUCAGCACUUAAGUUAAAUUCUCUGAUGAUGUAAGGGAGUAAAAAUGUUUGCUUUCUCUCUCUUUCUCUUAAUAUAAUCCUGGGAAGAGGUUAUACGUGUGUCAGCUGCAGAUCCGUCCGUGACAGUUUCUUUCAGCUUCCUCGUUUAUGUAGCUGUGGGUGAAGCAUCACUGCUUCAUAUCCUUCAGUGAACACACACACACACUCUCUCUCUCUCUCUCUGACGCAGUUAUACAGCCAAAUUGGGAGCAUGUCCAUCUUCAGCCUCAGAGUAUAGAAUGUCAACAAGCUUAUCCAGAAUCAUGCGAUGUUAAAAAUGCACGGUGUCUUUACGCUGGAAUGUAUUUUUUUCAUACAACCGCAGCACUCUGAAUGUGGCUUUUUAACACUGAGAGCACAUCUGGUUUCUGGGCAGUGUGAUCCGAACUGAGCACUGGUGAGCUGGAGCUGCUGACCAUCAAUUCCUGCGCGAUUAGUGUCCGGAGGAGCAGCGCACGCCGCUGAAGGCUCUGUUUUGUUCCUCACUGAAACAGUACGCUGAGGACCCCCUGGCCUUACACGGUUAGCAGCUGAAAGCGAGAGGAUUGGCAUGGUAGAUUACAACUCUGUGUUUAUACUACAAAAAAAAAAUCCUGCCUCGUACAAUAUCCUGCUCUGGCUUAAACCAAGGUCUGGAAAUCUCGUGCAGUGCUCACACCGGAGUAGAUCUCCUCCUCCCUCUACCCCACCUCCUCCUCUUCCUUUGCCAACACAAACAGCAAUUACGGCUGGCUCAGACGGCAGCUGAAAGAAGUAGGGUCUUGUCUGGAGGAAAAGCAACCAAUUAGCAGCAUUGUUUGAAAAAAAAAAAAGGCAACAGAGAUUCUUUUAAUUUAGCUGGCUUGGAUUUGCUCCACAGGGGGUGUAAGGCCUUCGUGACCCGGUGUCACUGAGAGGAUCAGCGUGUUAAUUUUGCCUCACUGUGGGAUCCUCUGACAUCUGGCUCUGCCACGGAAGCUGGAAAACAUCUUUAAUAUUCUCAUGGCGAUCUCAGGGACAUGUGGAAAACAUCCCGAGACCUUCGUCAGUAAUGACUGAAAAACUGAAGGCCUGGAUUUAUCUCUCUUUUUUUGGUGUGAAAACAGAGUUUGUGGUUUUAGAGCACCUUUGUCUCUUUAUGUCAAACCUGUACUCAAUGAUGGGUAAAAGGUGCGUUUCCUUCCAGUAUUUACAUCAAAACAAAGCAGCGUUUUAUCAUAUCUGGUUUGCUGCCCAACAAAAUCAUUGAUGUUCAGAAAAAAAAGACCAAACACGUCAUCUGUUUCCAUAUGGAGGCCAGAUCCUUGCAAUCGUUGGCAUUAAGAAAAUACAGGAAAAAGUUUCCAUCAAAAUAAAACAAUUAAGUUGAUCGUAAGCAGCCAAUGAGUCAAAAAGAUGACUGACAAAGGGAGCAAACUUGCAGCAGAUGUAAAAGUGCCAAAAUCCUCAGCAGACAUUUUCAGCCGAGGUCAUCAGUCGGGUAAUUUACCACAUUAAUGAUUAUUUGUAGCAACUGCACAUUAGUCCGGUUAUGUGACAAUUCCCUCACUGUUAGAGCGCUGUAAGAGUACACCUCAGGGCUUAGGAAAAAAUGUAUUCUCAAUGUGGCAAGAAAGUGAAUCCCCAUGGUUUAAGGGCAGAGUAGUCCUGUAAAAACAUGAGUAACCUGCAGAAUCAGAAACACAUGAAACCUCCUGUUCAGCAUUUAUUAUAUUCCUCUCAUAUGAACAAGGCCGUGAUUAUGCGGUGCUGGUGGUUUGAGCUGACAAAGAGGAUGACUAAGCCAUAUUACGGGACAUUGUGUGCCCACUCAUCUUCAGGACAUAAGCCCGCAGUUCUCCACAACAGCUGUAAAACACGACCGCAACGCUGGCAGGGCGUGCUGAACUAUCUGACAGGACAAGGAUCUUUGUUUCCUGGGUUUUACCUGAGGUGAAGCCCGAGCGGAGGCCCUGAAUGUCUCUGUUGUGUGUCCUUGCAGAUGGGGGUCUGUGUGGUGGAUUCUGCAGUAGCUGGCCUGGGAGGUUGCCCGUACGCUCAGGGUUCAUCUGGCAACGUUUCAACAGAGGAUGUUCUCUACAUGCUCCAUGGCAUGGGCAUCGAGACUGUAAGUGCGUCUCUGUCAGGCCUGCAGUAUUUUAUGUCUCCAUAAUCCCAACAAAUCAUCCAAACUCACACAAUCCCUCAGAGCUCAUUUACAUAAACAGACCGCUCUGCAAACAUACGGCUCUGUAAAUGUUUAUUUUAUAAUAUCAGUGGUUUUACACAACUUACACAAGCCCACAUUGCUGCAUGGCUCCUGUCAGGGACUAUUUAUUUAACAAUUCCUACCCCUGCUGGAGGAAUGUAGUCACUACAGUUAAUUCCAUAUCACCUGUUGCAUACAUCCAUCUCAAUCCAUGAGCAGCUCAUCGUUAAGAUACUUUAUCUUAUGUUUUUACAGGACAAAUCCCCUUAUGGUAUUUGUAUUUUAGCUGAUGCUGCUGUGUCUUUUUUGUCUGCAGGGUGUGAACCUCUCCAAAGUAAUGGAGGCCGGUGACUUCAUCUGCAAAGCUUUGUGCCGCAAGACAAACUCCAAGGUCUCCCACGCAUUAAGCGGGACACUCUGAUGUGUUUCUAAAACAAAUAUGUUAGAUUUUUGACUCUUUUCCCUUCUAAGUGCUUCCCCUGUUGUUGCUGCAUUCAGACUCGUUGCCUACGCUGCUGUAUUUGAGGUGUUUUUCUUCCAGGUGAUUUCAAGAAUCAUCAGCAAUGUCUUUUAAAAAUUUGCUCGUUUUUGCGCUCUACUCAGCUUUCCAUUCAUUUUUGGUGUCAGUUGUUGGAGGAGAAGAAGGACAAUCAGAUGAUCAGUUUGCUGUAUUUUGUGGUUUGUAUGGUUGGUUAUGGGGAAAGUUACCCACUGACAUAAAAGUCGGGAUGUAAGUCUGAAUAAAGGACUUCCCAGUGCUCAUGUGGGCUAGUUCACUAUCGUACUACUAGUUCCCAGUACGAUGGGGUACCACCACUUUUAGUUAAGUUUAAAUUUGUUCUGUUAAUUUUCCUGUUAGUGUCCGUUUUCAUUCAUUCAGGACUGUUUGAUAUUUAAAGAAAACGGUUUUCUUUGUAUCCAGAGAACUGCUGUAUUUAGUUUAAAUGCUGAUUCAGAGGUAAAGGAGUUCUUUCUUUGUGUGUCCAACUGGAAUAGAUUUUCAAUUACGAGCGGCUUGGAUAAGUGGCAGAUCCAGUCGUUUCGCAAUUACAUGAUUGCAGGUUUUAUCCCAGGUCUCGCUGCAUGCUGGGAACUUCCUUUAGUGGCGUUGUGAAUCUGAAUGGGAUUAAUUGAUACUGAUGGGAGCUUUACAGAGCAGCUUUUGCCAUCAGUGUAUGAAUGUGGAGUGAAUGAAUGGAGAAAGUGCUUUACGAAUAGAGUCCAUUUGCAAUUGUAUGUUGUGGAAACCAGCGUUAUCUUCUUAUAUCUAUAACUGUAGAAACUGUAGUGAUACUAACAAUUAACAGAUACUGGAUACAAGCUACACAAACCAACAAGUGAAUAAUAGAAGUACUGGCACUUUAUCUCCACUUAAAGGGAGAGUUUGGAGUGUUUUUGAAAUGGAGUUGUGUGCUGUUCUCGUCAAGAGUGAGUUUAUCAGCUCAGCCUCUUUGUUUUUAAAGCAGCCAAUGAAACUGUAAUGGAGACAAAGUCACUUGAAGACAGUCAGUAAAAAAAGGGAUGCAUACUGCAGCCUCAUGCGAUCCCCCGGUAUCCUCCAAGUCAAAAUCCCAGCCGAUAACAGGUCCCACACCUGAUGGCAAGUAGCUUUCGGUUUGUGGACAUGGCCCCACAGAAAAAAAAACAACACUUGUUUGAUUACAGCAAACGAAUGAGCUUUCACAGGGUAAGAUAACUUGCUAUAUUUUGUUUUAUAAAAUAUGGCUUGAGCUGAGAACAGGCCUUUGAUUGGAGUUGACUAAUAUUAGCUCAAUUUGGUGGUGAAGCUGACCCUGCAUGUCGGGGUUGAUAGCUUAGAGGAGCCAAGCUGACUGGCAUCCCUUGUGUCAUAUUCUCUCACUCAGUGCUUCAAACCACUCCAUUUUAAAAAGGUAAACUCUCCCUUUAAAGCAUUGGCUACGACUUAACAGUUUCCCUCAAAGUCUGCGUUAUUCACUUACAGAAACGUUCCUGUUCAAAAUAAACUUCCAAACAAAGACGAGGUCAGCCAUUUAUGUUGAACCCUUCACACCUUAGUGGCCUGAUAAGAGGAGAUAAAAAAGCUUUAUCUGCUUUCGCUUCCUUCUGAGCACUAAUGAUUCAUUCAGGUGCCCUCUGUUCAUAAUUUUUUUUUACCAUGACUUCCUGAAGUUUACUUUCUGUAAACCUUUUUAUACCAGCUCAACUUCUCAUGGAACAUGAUUGUGGUCAAAGACAAAGAUGAAACAUUUUGUUGAGUUUCAGACUCAGGUUUGCCAAAGAUGUUUUAAGAAGUGCCCGUGGAUUGUACUUGUACCAUAAAGAGGCUGUUUCCCCCUUCAUAAGCUUCUGUUUUUGAGACAUGCUUGUGUAAGUGUAAAUGUCUCCUGUCUGAUAUUAAACUUUUCUGUCUGUGAAAAUGUAAUAAAACCGAAGCAACCAGAAUGAAGCCUUUUGUUGAACUUUAAU